AUGGCUGCACACAAUGAAGAGGAUAACAUUACCGACAUUGUGGAUCACUCUGAUAGGCUGACGGCUGUAGGACAGCAAGGACAUUGCAGCUGUUGUUAUGCAUGGACGGGCCUGGGGUGUAUAGAAUUCCUUCUGAAUAAGGAUAAACAACCCAAUGACUUUGUGGUGCUGUCGAAACAAGAACUGGCAGACUGUGUACCUGUAAAGUUUCCACCAAAAGAGGAUGCCAAGCCGGAUCUAGUUGGAUGCUAUACGUCCUCUAUCAAUCAAGCAUUUAGAUACGUCAAGAAAUAUGGAGUCAAUACUGAGGAGAAUUAUGGGUAUGUAGGUAGGAGAGGGGCUUGUAGAACUGAUUUUGACAAUAUACAGGAAGAAAACCGGCAUUGGAUCACUGAUUUUGAGACCAUUGAUUGUGAAAAUGAAAGUGAAAUUCUCAGGGCUUUGGUAAAACAGCCACUGGCUGCGUCGAUGACUGCAUACAAGUCCCUAAGGGAACUCCGGGAGGAAAUUUAUGAAGGCCCCAAACCUGGAGAGAAAGGAGCUGGUCAUGCAAUCAUAUUAUCAAGUUGGGGCACCGACGUGGACACGGGAAAAAAAUGUUCUGGCAGAGGUGCAAAAAGUAGGACUCUGAAUGUGAUUAGUGCUGGAAGCUGCAAUUAUAUGGAUGCUGAACUUGUGCUAAUAGUUUCUUCAACUGAUGGCAAAUACAGAGUAGAUUUCAACCAUGUUCUUUGA